AUGCGUUCUGCUCCGGGACGGACGGCCUCAGUGGUAGUGAGCGGGCACACGUCCGAGCAACGAGUCUUGCCCCAAGCAGGUCUGCCGCAAGGAUCACCAUUGUCGCCAAUUGCGUUGCUGUUCUUCAACGCAGACUUGGUGCAGAGACGCAUCAAUGCCAAAGGCGGCGUGAGGGCGUUGGUGGACGACUACUCACUCAGCCUCGAGGGCAUCCAAUCAAUCAUUGCCGAAGCGCUCCAGUGGGAAAGAUGCAGCGGCGCAACGUUUGAAGCGGACAAAACGACUGUCAUUCACUUCACAAGAGCAAUGGAGCGCACCUGCGACACACCGUUCAUGACCAAAGGACAAGAGGUCAUACCGAAGAGCAGCGUGAAACUACUAGGGGUGGUCGGGCACAAAGCCGGUCCAUGGAGCAGAUGGCUAGAGCGGCCGCCAAACGGCUCACGGCCGCAUGUCUUUGCGAAGACUGAAGAUGAUAUCCCUGCAAAUGGCGAGAAAACUACGCAUCCUCUGGCAUCAUCAAAGGUCAAAGCGAGCAAGCGACUCGUCUCGUCGAUGCGAAGGAUUGCCUCGAUGAUCGCGGAGUCAGACACAGAGCGAAUGGAGAUCAUCCACGAGUACUCUGGCACCACGGAACGACCGCGUCGUGGGCGAGCGGGAUCAGAUACAGGUGGUCAAGCCAAACGACGUGGAAGGUAUCGUCGUCGCCACUUCCAGCUCGCAGAGGAAGGAGGUGUCGUUCACGACACUAGCCUCAACAGCACGAGCGAGGUGCUGGCCAGCUACUCGGUCACCCUCGGAUCGAGGGAUGAGCAGAACCCGUACAUAGCAGAAAUCGCGGCAGUGGCAAUGGCGCUGGCCAGCUGGACUGCGUCACCGAGAUUUGACGAUCAUGACGAGCAACUGCUCGUGCACAAUCCUACAGAUAUACGACCGCAUCGAUGCAACAGAGUCCGGGUGGGCGAAAAAUAUGCCUGUCAAACGAUUGUCUACAUCUUUUCGAACCCGGCACCAGAAGCCCUCAUUAUGCAGCUGACCAACCAGUGUUUGGAUGCUGCUCUGGCCUUGAUGUAG